UCUCUAUACAGUGCCAGUGCCCGCCUAACCGCGCUGCAAGUCAGACGUGUGGUCACUUGCUCUCCGACCCACGUGUCCCUCAGCGUUUAUACAGAUACCUUAAAUGAAGGCCAUGGCUCGCUAGUGAUCAACACCUUGUGUUGAAAACUGAAGAGUAAAUUAUUCGAGACAAGAAAAACUGAACACGGUGUAAUAUACAAUGAAAGUUGGUGUGAUAAGCAGUGUGUGAUAGUCUCGUGGCUUCUGGUGGUAUAGUAGUGUUGAAGGAGUGGUGGAGCAGGCAAGAUGCUUUCCAACAAACAACGAAGCAUCUCCUCGUCUGGGUCAUGCAGCGAGCCUGAUGACGUCUUCUGCUGCGGUGGGGCCGAUAUGAAGGUGUGUGGUGGAGCCUUAGAAAGACGGGCGGUAUUGGUUUUGGCGGGACUGGUGGAGGAGGCGGUGGUGACACCUCUGGCGCCCCGAGCCAUGAGUUGCGUGGCUGCCUACCUACAGGGGCUCAAUCCCCGGCUGCUGACCGCUGUAGUGACGGCGGUGGUGGCCAGCCGGCCGCGAUGGCUGCCUCUGGAGUACCACUGGGCGCCACUGGACCACGACCCACUGCUGUACUUGCUGCAGCUAUUGGGGGAGCGCCUCACAGCUCUCACCUACACCUGCCACCCACUAUCCCGCGAGCCCCUCCUGCAGGCCAUCUCCGCCAUGCCUGCCCUCACCACCCUUAACCUGCCGGAGGCCGCUGAUGACAAUGCACUAGCGGUGGUUGGCGCUGCCUGUCAUAUCCUCGUCACACUCUGCGUACGCGGCUCCAAGGCUGUCACUGACGACGGCAUCCGUCGGCUUCUGCUGCGUCGUAACACCUACACACGUUCCCGCUGGUUCCGACUAUUCUCGCGGUGGCGUGCUUUGCGUGCGUCUCUUUCGCGGCAACAAACAAAGUACCGGCCACUACCCGCGUCCCUCAGCGAGAACACGCUACUGGUGCCCCUGGAUCCCGAGCAUCUGAACCCCCUCAGUGCCACACUGAUUCAUCUCGACCUCGGGGGCACCAAGGUAAGCAGCCAGGGCGCAGAAUGGGCACGCGCAGUGCUAUCACCUCACGCCUUCGUCGACGCCUCCCACUCUCAACACCGUUCACUGCGCUCGCAGACCUCACUAGAGGACCAGAUGGCCAAACUGCUGGCUCCUCUCACCCCGUAAACACCAGCAGCUACA